AGAGCAAGUCAGUGUUCUGUAUCAGAAUAUUCAUAUAGUGGAACCAAGAUUAAUCCAGCCUUACGAACAUGUCAUUAAGAACUUCAUCCGAGAGAUCAAACUUCAAAGCACGGAGAUGGAAACCUUAGCCAUUGCUGUAAAAAGAGCUCAGGAUAAAGCAGCAGUUCAGCUCAGUGAGCUGGAGGAAGAGAUGGAACAACGGAUACAGGCUGCAGAGCAUAAAGUUAAAAAGGAAGAGAAACGAAAAGCUGAAGAAGCACUAAAUGAACUGAAGCGCCAGUAUGAUACUGAAGUUGAGGAUCUUCAGGUGACAAUAAAAAAGCUUAGAAAACUGGAGGAACAAUCCAAAAACAUAAACCACAGGGAAGAUGUGGUUGAACUGAAAAAAAGGAUACAUGAUAUGUUGCUGGAAAAUCAGAAACUUAAGAAAGAUCUUUUAGAAGCACAGACAAAUAUAGCUUUUCUACAGAGUGAAUUAGAUAGUUUGAAAAGCGAGUACGCAGAUCAGAGUUUCAACACUGAGAGAGAUCUAGAAAUGAUCCGAGAGAAUACAGAAGACAGAGAUAAUCUGGAAAGACAAAUUGAAAUGCUUCAAUCAGCUAACAGAAAGCUACACGACAGCAAUGAUGGCUUAAGAAGUGCACUUGAGAACAGUUUUAGCAAGUACAACCGGUCACUGCGGCUAGUAAACACCUCACCAGGAAAUACCAUUUCUAGAAGCAGUCCCAAGUGUAGUGGUGGACAGUCUCCUCUAAAUCCACGGUAUGACAGAUCAUCUCAUUCUCCUUGUAUGGAUGAAGAUUAUGAUUCUUUAGCCCUUUGUGACCCUAUGCAAAGGGUAAACUAUGAGGUUGACAGCUUACCUGAGAGCUGUUUUGACAGUGGUUUGUCUACCCUGCGAGACUCAAAUGAAUACGAUUCAGAAGUGGAAUACAGGCAUCAAAGGAUUUUUCAAAGGUCGCAGUGUGUACAAGAAAGCUUUGGUGGUGAUGCUUCUGAUGCUGAUGUUCCAGAGAUCAGGGAUGAAGAAACAUACAGUCCUGACAACAGCAGUGUAGUAUUAGACUGGAAGCCCUCACGACCAGUAAGUCGAAGCAGCUCAAUUUCUUCCACAAGGAAAUAUAUAUCUGCUAUUCCUCCUCAGUCGGAGGCAAGAGAAUGUACUCCAAAAUACUCAAGUUCUGAGAAGGCUUACAAGAUAGUUCUUGCUGGAGAUGCAGCAGUGGGAAAAUCCAGUUUCCUUAUGAGACUUUGCAAGAAUGAAUUUCGAGGCAAUACCAGUGCAACCCUGGGUGUGGAUUUUCAAAUGAAAAGACUAGUUGUUGAUGGAGAACCUACAGUGCUACAGCUGUGGGACACAGCUGGGCAGGAGAGGUUAGUGAUUCCCUGCAACUUACGUAUAAUUCGUUUUGGUUUUUUUUUCUGAGUGAGAUUUGCAUUUUUCACCCCCCCAAAUUAAUAAAUACUACAUGGCUCUAUUGUAAAUAUGUCAAUAUGGCCAUAUGCGUCUGUAGACAGCUAUGAUUUUGCUCUGCUGUGACUCAGACAGGUGGAGUGUUCUGUGGUGAUGCGUGAGAUUACCUUUUAUCUCUGCAGAGAGUACUUGUUGACGUCCAUCUCAACAUUAAUUAGUUACAUCUGUAUCUCUCUCUCUCUUGCAUUACUGUAAAAAGAUGGGGCAGGAGUACAUUGUUUCUUCCAUUGCUUUCUUUGGCCUUAUAGACCUGUGCAUCUUCACAGACUCAAUAUUAGAGGGUUUUGUGACCACUUCCCUUGAAAUUCCUGAUCCUGAUUUGCAUUGUAUUCAGUGAAUGGAAUAUCUUCUCUCUUCUCCCCAAAGACUUUAGAGGGAUAUAUGGCAGAAUUGUCAAGGAUCUUUAAAUUAUUGUGUAGGAUUUCUGCAAAAUCCUAUGGCAUCCUUACCAGCAAAGAGCCGCUUUACAGAAGUAAUGCCCUUGGUACUUAUUAAGAAGUCACUCUGACACCUGGGAGGUCGGUUUAAUCUAUCCACAGGCUAUGUUCUGUAUUGGGCCAUAUGUAUUUACUUUUGUUCAAGUGAGUGGAUUAUGGGAAGUAGGUAGAGACCGAAUUACUCUUGCUGCAUGAUAAGUUUAUGAAGAAUAUUUCUUAUGUAAUGGAAGUGCGUAGUUGCCAUACUUAAUUGUUGUGUUGAUGGAAAAGACCACUCUCUAACUUGAUAAACUCAUUCCUGGAGUAAGUUUAUUGACUUCAUAUUUUCUCCAAACGUAGCAGAGUAACCCAUUCAGUUUCUGAACUUGUGUGAGCCUAAAAGCCUUGCCAUGUAAUCAAAGCCCAGUGCAAAGCAGCUAUGUAUGCUAGAAAAACUGUAGAUUUUUUAAUAUUAAAAAAGUUUUGAUUACUUAUUAGGAUGGAAUCUUGUGGAUUUGUAUGGAGCGUUUGUAGAUCUGUUUAAGUAACUUUCAAAAAGUUUUCUAGGAAUUCAGCUGUGAGAAGACGCACAAUGCGGAUGGAACAACUCUAUUUAGUAGUGUAAUCACGUAUUGCUGUGUUGUUAAUGAUGCAAAAUUAGA